AUCAAGUUCAAGUAUACGUAAAAAUGAAUUUUGAUUACGAUUCAUCAGCAUCUUCUUCUUCUUCAUCUAUGGACGACGUCAACCCUAAUUUAGAGUCAUCUUUGCCAGAGAAGAGGAGGGCGGGGAGGAAGAAGUUCAAGGAAACGCGCCACCCAGUGUACAGAGGCGUGAGGAGGAGAAACGGGAACAAGUGGGUGUGUGAAGUUCGGGAACCUAACAAGAAGUCAAGGAUAUGGCUAGGGACUUUUGCCAGCCCUGAAAUGGCAGCUAGGGCACAUGAUGUUGCUGCCCUAGCGCUUAAGGGUGACCUUGCCCUCCUGAAUUUUCCUAAUUCAGCUAUUGUUCUUCCAAGAGCAAAGUCCUCUUCCCCGAGGGAUAUACGUCUAGCUGCUCUUGAAGCUGCCAAGGCAUAUAAACCCUCUAUAUGUUCUUCUUGUUCAUUGACAACUCAAAUAAUUGCUCCUUCAAGUGAUCAUGAUUAUGAUGGGAAGAAGGUUUUCGAGGUGACUGAUGAGGCCCCAAACGCACUGUUCUUGGACGAGGAGGCUUUGUUUAACAUGCCAGCAUUACUAGAUAGCAUGGCUGAGGGUUUGAUUCUAACACCACCGCCUAUUCGAAUAGGAUUUGACUGGGAAAACAUGGAUGAUUUUACCAUGGACUUGAAUCUAUGGAGGGAAUAGCUAGCUUAAUUAGCUAGUUAAAUUAAGAAGGUUUAAAUGAUGCAUGAUUAUAUAUGAAUUUUACUUGACAAGAACUAUAUUGUUUAUUUCUAUCAAUUAGGAUUAGACAUUAUAUUUCUGUCUUUAAUAAGAGUCUUUACCGAUC